AUGACGCCCAUCCUCACCUCCAGCCCGACUCUCCGCAUCACCCCCGAACCCUUCACCAAAGAGGCCUUCGCGCCCUUCGGCACCGCCAUCAGCUGUCCUCUCCCACGCGAUCUCUCCUCUGCGCCUCCUCUCUCCUCGCUCCCUCCUCAUGAUCCCGCUCCAGUCAGUGCAAAUCAAUCCUCCGCCCUCAAGUACAGCCCCAUCUCCCCGCUGCUCGACCACUACGCGCAAUGUCCCAGCGCCCAGCCCUCUUCCGCCCGCAUGAGCAUGUUCUCGUGCUUCCCACGCAAACUGCGCACCGCCAAAGCAACAGGAGGGGAGGCUAGCGUCUUCGACGUCCGCAUCCUGGAGCGACACCCCUUCACCACGCAGACAUUCACACCUCUUGACCUAUCCAGCCAGACCCGCGCAGGCGAUGCAGAGGAACCAUUCUACCUGGUUAUCGUGGCGCCGACGUUGAAGGGCCAGACGGCAACGGCGACUACGCCUUCGGGGGACACCGUGACGAUCAGGGAUCCGCCCGACUUGAACAAUAUGCGGGCAUUUGUGGCGCGGGGUGGGCAGGCGGUGACGUAUGGGGUUGGGACGUGGCAUGCGCCGAUGGUGGUGCUGGGUCCCAGGCGGGUGGAUUUUGUGGUUGUGCAGUUUGUCAAUGGAGUGGAUGAUGAGGAUGUGCAGGAGGCUGCGUUUGGGGAGGGGAUUGUGGUUGAUUUGGGGAGGAGUCGGACGUCGGGUGCUUCCAAGCUCUGA